AUGAAAGCUGCUGAAAAACAGAAGAAAAAAACCGAAGCUGUAGUAAAGCCACAGAAUGAAAAAUCCAAUUUAUCUCUGGCUAAAGAAGACCUGGAUCCAACGCAAUACUUUGAGAUACGUAAAGCUGCUAUCCAAAAGAUGAAAACAGGUCCGAUUCAGCCCUACCCCCACAAAUUCCACGUGUCUAUCAGUCUCAGUGAAUACAUUGAGAAGUACAGUUAUCUGGAACCUGGUCAGCAUUUGGAUGAUACUGAAGUCAGUAUCGCAGGUCGUAUCUACGCCAAGCGCGAGUCUGGCUCAAAGCUCAUUUUCUAUGAUGUAAUGGCCGACGGGAAGAAACUCCAAGUAAUGUCAACCCUCAAUGAAUAUUCCUCGGAGAAGGAAUUUUAUGAGAUAAACGAGAUUCUCCAUCGUGGGGAUGUUGUCGGCGUGGUUGGAAAGCCAGGAAAAUCGAAGCUAGGCGAGCUCUCCAUUCUCCCCAAGAAGCUAGUCCUUCUGGCUCCCUGUCUUCAACAGCUUCCACAUCUGCAUUUCGGCCUCAAGGACAAGGAAACCAGGUUCCGACAACGCUACCUCGAUCUCAUCAUGAACGAUGACGUUCGCAAGCGGUUCAUAAUGCGCGCACAGAUUGUUGAUUAUGUCCGUCGAUUUCUUAAUUCACUGGGAUUCGUUGAGGUUGAGACCCCGAUGAUGAGCAUAUUGCCCGGUGGGGCUUCUGCAAAACCCUUCAUUACGCACCACAACGAAUUGGACUUGGACCUCUAUCUGCGCGUGGCUCCCGAACUCUUUCUGAAGAUGCUCGUUGUUGGUGGGAUGCACAGAGUCUACGAGUUAGGCAAACUCUUUCGCAACGAGGGCAUCGAUCUGACCCACAACCCAGAGUUCACCUCGUGCGAGUUCUAUAUGGCCUUUGCAGACUAUAAUGACCUCAUGACGAUCACCGAGGACCUGAUAUCCGGCAUGGUUAAAAAGCUCUUUGGCACCUACAAGGUGGUCUAUCAGCCAGAGCCUGAUGUUCCCGCCCAGGAAGUCGACUUCACUCCGCCAUUCAAGCGCAUUGAUCUCUACGACGGGCUGAAAGAAUACUAUCCGGGUGUGGAGUUCCCUUCUGCUGAGUCCCUCUACACGGAGGAGGCCCGACUCCAGCUGAUUGCCAUUGCGGACAAAUUCGGUGUACAAUGCGGUGAACCAAAAACUACUGCACGUCUUCUUGACAAGCUCGUGGGUGAACGGAUCGAGUCUAAAUGUGUGAAUCCCACCUUUAUUAUCAACCACCCUGAGGUGAUGAGUCCUUUGGCAAAGUGGCAUCGCUCUCGGCCAGGUCUGACUGAACGCUUUGAGAUGUUCUGUCUAACCAAGGAGCUCGUCAACGCAUACACCGAACUGAAUGACCCUGUGGUGCAGCGUGCACGCUUUGAGGAGCAGGCCAAGGACAAAGCCGCAGGCGAUGACGAAGCCAUGUUCGUGGACGAGAAUUUCAUAAAUGCGCUUACCUACGGUCUACCACCAACCGCAGGCUGGGGCUUCGGCAUUGAUCGAUUCCUUAUGUUCAUGUCGAACACUAACAACAUUCGCGAGGUCAUUCUGUUUCCCACGAUGAAGCCCGAGGAGAGUGGUGCACCUGACCCUGUCAAAGUCACCGCCACAGGGACAAAGGAAUAG